CAAAUCUUGUAAAAAUGUUGUUUCCUAUUUUAUGGUACUAUGUGGUUUGUUUGGUUGGUAUAUAAACGAAGUAUGUUUGAAAUACAUGAUUCAUAUUGCAGAGGUUGAGAUUGGUGUUCUGGACUUAACAGUCUGGGCUAGGCGGUAAACAGGACUGAUAAGGACUGUAUACUGCUCGUACGUGUUUCAUGCAUUAUUGGUCCGAUCGAUAAUUCACUUUUCUCUAAUUGGCGGUAUCAUCACACUAUACAUUAAUAGGACACAAGGCACAAGUUAUAACAGUUCAAAUCACAAAAAAGAAGGCUCACUUAUAUCAACAUUAUAGAUACGUCAUGGUGACAAGUCUUAACUGACAUGGAAUUCAAGACCUCUACCUCAAGUUUGUGCUGAUGAUGUCAUUCAGAAGAAUUAUGAAAUCUCCAUGACGAAACCAUCCGGCUCAGAGAAUAAAACGUCAUCGAAUUCCAGUCUAGGGGUUUGUCAGCUGGAUGUACCUGCAUUGCAGAUUUGAUAUUCACUAUGGUACUUGAAUCCAGUACCGUUCAUUUCAAACGCCAUCACGUUUUCCACUUAGCUACUGAGUCAUAAUAGCCACCUGCUUGUGUAAUGGGUUGAAGUUAUAUUAACUUGGUAUUGUUUACUUGUAUCUUCCCAUUGUUAUUUAAGAUAGAGUAAUCAACAACAAAGAAAAAAUAAGUGAUGUUUUAUUCUGUUUCUUUAAGUCUCGCACGUAAACUAGCAGCCACAAGCUUAUUCAAUAGCUGACUAUCAGGAUUCAGUAGCUAAGUGGAUAACGUGAUGGCAUUUGAAGUGAACGGUACUGGUUCCGAGUCCAGGAGUGGACAUCAACUCUGAGGUGCAAGUACAUUUAAUUGCAGAGUUCUAAAUAGAACGAAACACGCUUCCUGUGUUUCACUGCUAGCCACUAUCCAUCUUUGCUUAUAAAGCUUGUGAUCUAAUGUAAUAUCGAGGCAAUCUGCACAUAUGCCAACAAGUGACUGAUCGAUUGCAGUCCUAAAUAACAAUAGGAAGAUACAACUAAACACCAGGUGAAUUUAAUAGUUAAGAAUAUAUAUAAUAAUAGUUCAUAGAUAGAUUCUAAUGGUUACUAUUCACUUAUUCUUCAUCUGGAUAUAACAAUAUCUUUAAUCAAAACAAAUCCAAUAUAAAUUUUUUUCUGGUUAGCAUUUUUUUAGCGAGUUAGUUUUCUACGGGAUAGGUCCGCUAAACCCAUGCCCAACCUUCCUCCUUUGUCCGGGCUUGUGGCAGGCAGUAGCCCUUGGAGGGGCUCCAGGCGGAGUUACAAAUUCAAUAUAUGAAUCACAAAUAUAAAAUCCCUAACUAAUCAUUAUUAAGAGAUGAUAGCAAAUAUAUACUGGAUUAUUAAUCUGUGAAAAACUUUCACUAUUCUCAGUUUAUCUAGAAAACUAUUACACAAUUAAAAAGGUGUGAUUACGUCUUCUACCUUGGUGAUUUUUGUUAAAUAUAACAUUCGUUUUCAAUUUAGUAUUACGAUUAUUCAGAGUAAUGUUUUGUAUAACGUUGAUGUCUAAUGUUUACUCAACAUAAUACUUACUUACUUAGUUACUUUACUUACGCCUUUUACUUCAAAUGGAGCAUAGGCUGCCGACUAGCAUUCUGCAAUUCAACAUAAUACAGAUUGUAUUAAAUCACCUGGAACUUUGUUUGGUAAUCUUAACAACAUGGUUUAUCGUAGAAAUUUUCUGUAUUUCCUCUAUAUAUGAUCUCUAUUGACUAAUCAUUAAGUGUAUGUAAAAUCAUUUUGUAAAUGAGUGUACUUUUCUGGGUUUACUUAACGAAAUUUGGCAGUCAACAAAAUCUCCUUUUGAACCAAUCUUUGUUUUCUUAUUUAAGUCAUGAAAAUUGCAGUAAUGCUCAGUUCUGGGGAUUUGUAACAAUUACUCUAGUGAUUACAACAAACCGUAAAAACAGUCUGGUUGAAGUUAAGUAUUUACACCGUUGGAUGUUGGCCUAACAGUCCAGAGGUUAAGCGUUCGUGCACGAGACUGAAGGUUUUGGAUCCGAAUCCAGAGUGCGUGAUCAUGGAUGCACACUUCUGAGGAGUUCCGUACUGGGACAAAACCCCAGUCCAGUGCUUCUAAGUUGAUUACUUUUACUUGAUAAUCCAUUUAUAUGUUUAUGGUAUACAGCUAUACGCAUGUAACAGAUAAACCUUAUAAUUCCCAGUUCAAUUAUCACUUACAUUUAUAUAAACGAUCGCUUAAGAUUUAUCACUCUAUACUAGAAUUGUCAGCAGAAUCAAUAAAGAAAACUCCAAGGCCGUUGUUUAAUAAUUUUGUAUUGAUAAUCGUCAAAGAAAUGUAUCUCAUGUCAAUAUCAAAAACUGUAGAGAAAAACAAUAAAUCUUAUGAAUGAUGCAAUGGAUUGACCAAUGAACAGUAACCAAUCCCAUGAUUGUUUAAUCCUUUAAUAAUGAUCGAAUUCUAUUGAUGAUACUAGGUAAAUCUUUUAAAAGAAAUCACUCCUCUGUCUUUGAAGUAUCAACAGCUCUUAUGCAUGCAGCAGUAUUCGGUAAUGUGACAACACUUAUUCAACGUAUGUAUUCAAGACGUUCAGCAUAUCAAACAAAGAAUCAAGAUUUAAAAGAUUUUACACGUGCUCAUCAUAUACCGAAACCUUUAAAACAACGUAUGCUUGAAUUUUUUCAAGCUAUGUGGGCAAUUAAUCGUGGUAUAGAUAAAGAAGCUAUAUUACAAUCAUUCCCGGAAAAUUUACGCGGUGAUAUUGCUUUACAUUUAAAUCGUGAAAUAUUAUCAUUGAGUUUAUUCAAAAGUGCCAGUCCUGGUUGUCGUAAAUGUUUAGCUCAAUUAAUAACAACACGUUUUGCUACACCUGGUGAAUAUCUUGUUAAUCAAGGUGAUGCAUUACAAUUUAUCUAUUUUGUCUGUAGUGGUUCUUUAGAAAUACUUGGUGAAGAAGGUACAGUUGUUGGAUUGUUGGGUAAAUGUGAUAUAUUUGGUAGUGAUAUGGAUGAUUUGCCUAUAUUGGGAUAUUCAGCUUAUAAUGUUAAAUCAUUAACAUAUUGUGAAUUACAAUGUAUAGCAUUAGAUCAUCAAUUACAAGAAAUAUUUGAUCAAUAUCCACAAUUUCGAAAACAAUUUGCUUUAGCCAUUUCAGAAGAAUUAUCAUUUAAUUUAAGAGCUGGAUUCGAUCCAACUGUGAGUUCUUUAUUCAUUAAUAAUAAAAAAACGUAUCAUUCAGUGUCAUUGGUAAUAACUGUCCUAUUUAAUAAUUGAAUUCAUGAGUCGAUUGAAGCUAGGCCACCAAGGAACACCUGGCAGCAUUGCUCGGCCGUUUCGUCCUACUGUGGGACUCAUCACCGGUACGUAUCCACGAUCCUUCCUAGCGAGAUUCGAGCCGAGGACCAUUGGGCCGACCGGCAUCCAGUGGUGUUAAUGUCCGAAUUCAACCAGGACUGAGGGGUCAUUGGGUUCUAAUUUUGCAAGGCAGGAUCGUGGAUGCACAAUACUGAGGAGUCCCAUAUUAGGAUGAAACGGCUAUUUAGGUCUUUCAGGUUUUCCAUGGUAGUCUAGUUUCAACUUACUCGUGAAUUACUAUCCUAUUCUUGAUAUGACUGUAUUCUAUCAUUACUUAUGACUACUUAAUGGAGUUUUUGUAAUGUUUCUUAAAGUAUGGUUAAGAUUUCGUUCAGUGGAUUGUGAAAAUGCGAUCAGUGUGAAUAGAAAAUUUUCAUAACAGUUUU